ACCCUACACUACCGUGCUCAUCCACCCUCCAAUCUAAUCCUCCAAACCCGCACCCACCAUCACCCCAAACCCCCACCUCAACUCCACGAGUAGAGUUUGCCAUGGCACAGGCCUUGACCCUUCGAGAUACAUGUCGGGUGAGCGACUAUGAGGCUAUUCUGGCUCAGGAUAAUGGAAUGUUCUUUGCGCCAACCCGAGCACCUUCGAGAAUGCCCCCGCGAGAACUGAACGGAAAGUCCAUCCGGGAGCAUACUAGCAGUUCUGGAUAUAACACGGAGCAGAAUGCGGAAUCUGGUAAGGCCCCCUACGAAUGAGUACGAUGAAUCGUCUAAAAAUGAGCCAGGUUGGAAGCCCUCCGAAGACUUUGAGGCAAAUAUCAGCAGGUUGGAGCAGGUGUGUGAUUCGUAUGAGCGAAAGCUCCUGCGUCGAGUUGUCGAUACCAGUGAGUGUUGAAAAAAUCUGCCUUGGAGGAACGAGAAUACACUAGCAAGGGUUGGGAGGCAUGGCUUGAAGAGAGAUUGCUUCAAACAAGUUUCCCAUAAUCGCCACAAUGGACGGAACCUCUAUCUCCUUGGGCAGUUCGGUCUCCUCCACUUGCUACUUUCAGUGAUAUACGGACACCUUGGCGCUAAGAAUCUGUGCAUUUGUUGGCCUUAGCAUUAAAGUGUCCGGAUACAAGCUCUCGGCAUUCCCGCCUUGCUAGCUUAUUCCGGUUCUCCCCUGAAUUUACAGUAUGAUAUGAUGAUUGCUAAUGACUAUCUCUAAUCCGGCCAAAGAAAAUAUUGCGGCGGAUUACGCAGAUAUUUAUCUUGACCCUUCGAUAAUUGAUAGAAUCGAGCGUGCUGCCGCUCUUUCUCUGGAAAGGAGUGAAGCCUUCAGCCACGGUAUUCUUGGUAAAAGUAAGUUUCCGGGAGUGCUACUCUACGGCCCGCCAGGGACAGGAAAAAGUACGCUGGCCAAGUCAUUAGCCAAGCAUGCAGGUUUUCGCCUGCUUCGAAUCUCCCGAGCGGAUUUUCCCCAAACACACCCGGGAGAGGUUGAGAGGGGGAUUCACGCUAUAUUCAGCUUGGCACAUAAGCUUGCGCCCUGCAUUAUAUUCGUUCAUAAAGCGGAUGCAAUUUUUGGUCGCAAAGGCUGCGAUGGGACCCAAUUUCUACUAGAGUGGGAUGGUAUUCCCAAUAACUCCAGCGCCCCGUUCAUCUUGCUCACUACAAGUCGUCCCUUUGAUCUCGAUUCUGCGGUACUUGAUCGUGCAUUCGAGCAUAUCCAUAUCGGUAUCCCCUCAACACUAGCAAGGGCCCAUAUUAUCCGCAUUCACGUGAGUGAAGAGGACCUGGCAUCAGACGUCAGCAUUUUGGCCUUAGCAAGUAGUACAUGUUCAUUUACUGGCUCUGACUUGAAAAAGCUUUGUGUUAAUGCCGCAAUGGAAUGUAUCUCUGAGCAGCAACCCGACUCCGACACCGGAAUGUACCCAUCAGAAAGGACGCUUCACCGAUGGCAUUUCGUCAAGGCUCUCCAAUCGACGAAGCCCAGUAUUCUCAGGUCAAAAAUGCGGUCACGGCUUAGAUAUUUUUCGAUAAAUACCGCCCCCACAACCUCAUGGUUUGAGACAUUGGAUCACCCAGACUACAACGGCGUCCCAUCUCCCUCGUGCUUGAAAGGCCGAGAGAAACAGAUUCGGAGGUAUCCCUCUACCCCCCGCUCUCUCUCUCCAUCUCCCGUCCGAAUACCCAAUACCCCACGAGUGGAAUUCUUGCUACCUAGCUUGGUAGUUUGUUUCCAUUUGAUAUUCUUUUCCCUCCUUGCUUCCCCUCUUCUUUCUCGAGCCAGUCCCCUACCCUGCCUAUAGGUUGGGUUACAGGCGUUUGUACGUCUGUCCCAGUAUUAUCUCCUAUGUUCAAGCCCCAAAGGCUUUUCAGCCACUCCUGUGAGAAUUAUGGCUCUAUUGCCGUAGGAACUUGAGUAAUUGGAUGGUGUUUUAGGAGGUUAAGAUAAGAUGUGUGGACCAGAGAAGUGGAAAUUAGUGUCUCAGCCAUUGUUUUAGGCCCUGUUCGGCACGUCACUUUUAUAGCAUAAAUUUUGGCAUAUUAAAGUUUUCAUAUAGGGGUGUGUUCGGUAACUGACAUUAUAUCAUGAUAUAUUUUUAUUACCUCUAUAAAUUUUUAUUGCAUGUAUCUAAUAUGUACUACAACACUGCUUUGCAGAUUUCCCAGCCU